UUUAUCCCCUUUGUGCCAUACCUCCCCACUUCUUCCUAUUAGUGCCAUUUUACUUCACGACUUAUAUCCAAAUGAGUACUCUCCCUCAAACUCAGGGGCAAACAAUUCAAGAUGCAUGGGACUGCAAGGGUCACCCUGCAGAAAGGUCCAAAACUGGUGGUUGGACAUCAUCUGCAAUGAUCUUAGGAGUAGAAGCAUGUGAGAGGUUAACAACAAUGGGCAUAGCUGUAAAUUUGGUGACAUAUUUGACUGGAACUAUGCAUUUAGGAAAUGCUUCCUCUGCUAACAUAGUCACCAACUUCAUGGGAACAUGUUUUAUGCUUUGUUUGCUUGGUGGUUUUGUAGCCGACACUUUUAUUGGAAGAUACCUCACCAUAGCCAUAUUUGCAACUGUUGAAGCAAUUGGUGUUACAAUCUUGACAAUAUCAACAAUAAUUCCAAGCCUACAUCCACCAAAAUGCACAAAAAGCAAUCUCAAAUCUUGUGAACCAGCAAACAACAUUCAACUAACGGUUCUAUACAUAGCUCUAUACGUGACUGCACUUGGAAUAGGUGGAUUGAAAUCAAGUGUCUCCGGCUUUGGUUCAGACCAAUUCGACGAAACAAACGAAGUCGAAAAAAAUCACAUGGUUAAAUUCUUCAACUGGUUCUUCUUUUUCAUAAGCAUAGGUUCAUUAACAGCAGUGACAAUUCUUGUUUACAUUCAAGAUCAUGUUGGAAGAGAUUGGGGUUAUGGAAUGUGUGUUUGUGCUAUUGUUGUUGCUCUUUGUGUGUUCUUAUAUGGAACAAAGAGGUAUCGGUUUAAGAAACUUGCUGGUAGUCCUUUGACUCAGAUUGCAGUGGUUUAUGUGGCUGCUUGGAGGAAGAGGAACAUGGAACUGCCAUAUGAUUCCUCGUUGUUGUUUAAUGUUGAUGAUAUUGAAGAUGAAAUGUUGAGGAAGAAGAAGCAGGUGUUGCCACAUAGCAAGCAAUUUCGGUUCUUGGACAAGGCAGCAAUCAAGGACCCAAAAACAGAUGGUAAUGAAAUUAAUGUGGUAAGGAAAUGGUAUCUAUCAACCUUAACAGAUGUUGAAGAAGUAAAAUUGGUUUUAAGAAUGUUACCAAUAUGGGCCACAACGAUAAUGUUUUGGACAGUAUAUGCACAAAUGACCACAUUCUCAGUAUCACAAGCAACAACAUUAAACCGUCACAUAGGAAAAUCAUUUCAAAUCCCACCAGCAUCUCUAACUGCUUUCUUCAUUGGUAGCAUCCUCUUAACAAUCCCAAUUUAUGAUCGUGUCAUUGUUCCCAUAACAAGAAAAAUCUUCAAAAACCCACAAGGACUAACACCUUUACAACGCAUUGGUGUUGGUUUGGUUUUCUCAAUUUUUGCAAUGGUUGCAGCAGCACUCACGGAAUUAAAACGUAUGAGAAUGGCACAUUUGCAUAAUUUGACACACAAUCCAAAUUCGGAGAUUCCAAUGAGUGUGUUUUGGUUGAUCCCACAAUUCUUCUUUGUGGGGUCAGGUGAAGCAUUUACUUAUAUAGGACAAUUGGAUUUUUUCUUAAGGGAAUGUCCUAAAGGGAUGAAGACUAUGAGCACGGGUUUGUUUUUGAGUACAUUGUCUUUGGGAUUUUUCUUUAGCUCUUUAUUGGUUACUUUGGUCCACAAGGUGACAAGUCAGCAUAAGCCCUGGCUUGCUGAUAAUCUUAAUGAGGCAAAGCUUUAUAACUUUUAUUGGCUUUUGGCUUUGUUGAGUGUUUUAAAUUUGGUCAUAUACUUGCUUUGUGCUAAUUGGUAUGUUUAUAAGGAUAAAAGGCUUGCUGAGGAAGGCAUAGAAUUAGAGGAAGCAGAUACAGCUUGCCAUGCAUAGGUUUCCUUGUUACUUUGUAAUAACAACUAAUAAUAUUAAUAUACACCUUUAAGUUUCCAUUUAAGUAUUAUAAUUUUUA